UACGUGCAGCUGAGCACCACAGCCAAGAUGCCCCUCGUGGGGCUGGGCACCUGGCAGUCUCCAGCUGGGAAAGUAACAGCUGCAGUGAUGACUGCCAUCGAUGCUGGGUACCGCCACUUUGAUUGUGCCUACAGGUACCAGAAUGAGAAAGAAGUUGGGGAAGGGAUCCACCAGAAAAUCAAGGAAGGUGUUGUGAAAUGAGAAGACCUCUUCAUUGUCAGUAAGCUGUGGUGCACAUUUUAUGACAAGCCUCUGGUGAAGGGAGCCUGCCAGAAGACUCUUGCUGACCUGAAACUGGAUUACCUGGAUCUCUACCUCAUGCACUGGCCUCUUGGGUUCAAGGCAGGAGGUGAGCUGUUUCCCAAAGAUGACAAAGGCAUGUCUAUACCUAGCAACACUGAUGUUCUACAGACAUGGGAAGCCGUGGAAGAGCUGGUGGAUGCUGGUCUGGUAAAAGCCAUUGGAAUCUCCAACUUUAACCAUGAGCAGAUUGAAAGAAUCUUGAACAAACCAGGACUGAAGUACAAGCCUGCAAAUAACCAGAUUGAAUGUCAUCCAUACCUCACCCAGGAGAAGCUGAUCAAGUACUGUCAAUCCAAAGGUAUUGCUGUGACAGCAUACUGUCCCCUUGGCUCUCCUGACAGACCAUGGGCUAAGCCAGAGGAUCCUUCCCUUCUGGAUGACCCCAGGAUCAAAGAGAUUGCAGCGAAGCACAACAAAACACCAGCACAGGUUCUCCUUUGCUUCCAGAUCCAGAGAAAUGUGAUUGCAAUUCCCAAGUCCGUCACACCACAGCGCAUUGUGGAGAACCUCAAGGUGUUUGACUUUGAAUUGACUGAAAAGAAGAUGGCAACCAUUCUCAGCUUUAACAGAAACUGGAGGAUCUGCGCAAUGAGCAUGUCCAAAACUCACAAGGAGUACCCUUUCCAUGCAGAAUACUGAAGAUGCUUGUAACGUGGCCUUCACUAGACCUCUGGUGUCUCACGUGUCUCUACUCUAACUUUGAGCUGUCUAUUUAUCUAGUUUUCUUACUGCAUCUGCCUUGCUGCUGCUAGUGAAGACAUGAGAUGUUUAUCCCAUGAAAUUUGUUUGAGUUCUUUUUUUUGGAAGAAGGAAAAAGUAUUUUCUACAGAUCAAAAUGUGGGGUGUAAUAAUUUUCUGCUUAAUAGAAGAGAGGAUUACUAUUGAA